CGCGGGCACACGACCGUCGUACAGUGCGUGGCGUCCAAGGUUGUCUGCAGAGGCGGCGCUGUGUUCUUCCACGUGGCGGCGUUUCUGCAGUCGUGUGUUGUUAUUGACGCGAUGUCCUUGGAAGCGGCGUCGGGGAUGGAUAUUGACGGUGAGGUCAGGCGUGACGGUCUGACGACGGUAGAGAGGACAGCUGUCGCUGUGACGGUGAAUGUCGUCCCUUUCGGUUGCCAAAUGGCGAGCAGCGAGGGGAAGUUCAAAGCGGCUGUUCGUGCACGCCACAAGCUGUCGGUGCUGCCGACGAGUGGCCAGUGCUUGGACGUCGGUGCCAUUUCCGACGCGGUGCUGCAGGUCUGCUACGCGAUGGGGUGUGGCGCGUUUCCAUGGGCGACUCCAAGGUGGUGGAUGAAGCGGAGGACGGGAGGUACGUGGGAGGAUCUGCGGCAAUGUGAUGACGCGACAGAUGACUACUGCAAGGACAAGCUUCGAAUGUCGCCGCGUGUUUUCCGCGAGAUCGCGGAGACUCUUUCCCCACUCCUGCAACGCCGUGUGACGUUCUACAGAGUACCCUUGCAGCCGGACCACGUCAUCGCCUACGCUCUGUAUAGGUGGGCGGCGGGGCAGAAUACAACAGCGGGACGUGUAGCUUCGGCAUUGGCAGGUCUUCCGGCAUCACGGCGGUGCGGGACGUCACUGCGGCAUUGCUUACUGCAUACCCCGAUAAGAUAUCCUGGCCCACAGGCGCAAGUGGUCGUCGACAUGAACUUGCGUGUGCUGGACGUCUUCGUCGGUUACCUGCGCAGUGUGCAUGACAUGAGGAUGCUGAACCUGUCCAGUUUGUGGGCGCGCGCGGAGGAGGGACAACUUUUCACUGGGCCACCUGUGAUGCUGCCUUUCGGUGUGCGGACUAAUGGCUACUUGCUCGGCGAUAACGAUUAGCCGUCCCUUACGGCAGUCUCGCGCAGCACCCGUCGGAGGCACGCUUCGACAACAAACAGAAGACGGUAGG